AAUAUUGAAAUAAUCUAGAAUGGUUUUACAAAAUAUAUUAGAUAUUCCCCCUUUAACAAGAGUAAUCAUAAUAAGUAGUGUGUUAUUGAGUUAUGCAACAUAUGUUUAGUAUUUGAAACCCUCAAACCUAUAUUUAAAUUUUAAAUUAGCCUUUUCAGAUUAAUUUUAAGUAAAUAGCAAAAUAUCAAAGAUUAGCCAUGGAGAGCAUUAACGAGCAUAUUAUAUUUUGGGGAUUUAGAUUUAAUAACAAUAUUGCGUUUAUUUUUUUUGUAAAUAUUGAAUAGUGAGAAAUAGUCAAUCAAUUUCAUCUUCUUUAGAAUUACAUACUUUUAGAGGAUUUGCAAAUUACUUAUACUAUUUGUUAUUAAAUUUCAUAACAAUAACUUUGAUUGGAUUAUGGUUGAAUGAACAUUCAUUAACAGAAUACUUUAUGGAAGCUUUGAUGUAUGUUUGGGGAAGAUAAAAUUAAGAAAGACCUUUAUUAUGUAAGUAAUUGUGUUUAAAUAGUUAUGUUUGUAAUACCAAUAAAAGCUCAAUAUAUGGUUUGGUUUUUUAUAUUCUUGAAUAUAAUAUCAGGAAGAUCAAUAUAAUCUAAUUUAAUAGGAGCAUUAAUUGGACAUACAUAUUAUUAUUUUGCAUUUGUAGUACCAAAGUUACCUAGAUUUUAAGGAUUGUAAAUAUUAAGUACUCCAAAUUUUUUGUAAGGUCAUUUAAUAAAUUUAGAUUAAAAAUUUGUAGAAACUUUGAUAGAUAGAAUGAUGGAAGAUGAAUUAAAUAAUAG